UGACAAAUAAUUAAAAAUAAGUGAAUGAAAAUUUUCAAGACAGGUACUUAUCGACAUUCAAACUGUUCCAUUUUCUUCCACUUCGUCGAUCAUUGUCGAGAGAGAGAGAGAGAGUUGUUCAUAGUUCUGUCUCUCUCUGUGCUGAUUUCCGUGCCCCUCUUCGGACAUAGGGCUUCUCCCAAAACCCUGUUUGGCUAGCGAGAAAAAGAAAAAGAAAAAUUCUCACGCACACGCAUAUCUUAGUUUCCUUUUUUUAUGUAUGUAUGUCAGUGUAUGUGCCUGUGGGUGUGGGUGUGGGGCCAAAAUCGAUUGAAGAGCUAAAAUUCGUGUGAGCGAAGUCCCGACACAGCUCGAGGGGAUUUAUGAGCACGAGAUCGCGUUGUUCGAUAACAGUGAUUGGAGUAGGAAUUGAGUGAAUGGAUCCUACUCAGAAAUCCACAGUUCUGUUGAUACUACUCGGAUUAGUGGUGAAUGUCUUUUCUAUAACUGAUUCCGAGCAUUGCCAAAAUGUGGUAAAAAAAUGGGCAUUUACUUCACUUGAUCAUGAAGUCAAAGAGGAUAAACACACGCUGAAGGAUUUACUUUUCUUCCUUCAUGUUCCACGAACCGGAGGACGAACCUAUUUUCACUGUUUCUUAAAGAAGUUGUAUUCGAAUUCUCUUGAAUGCCCCCGGUCUUACGACAAGCUACGCUUUGAUCCUAGCAAGGCGAAAUGCAGGUUGUUGACUACUCAUGAUGACUAUAGCGUAACCUCUAAACUUCCCAGGGACAGAACAUCCGUUGUGACAAUACUUCGGAAUCCAGUUGACCGUGUUUUUAGCACUUAUGAGUUUUCAGUGGAGGUGGCUGCUAGGUUUCUAGUGCACCCCAACUUAACCUCUGCUAUGCAAAUGACUGGACGUUUGCGCUCUAAAACUAAUGGAGUAAGUACGCUGGAUAUAUGGCCUUGGAAGUAUCUUGUUCCGUGGAUGAGGGAAGACCUGUUUGCUCGGAGAGAUGCUAGAAAAGUUAGGGGCAUCAAUGAUAUUAAGAGCAGUGAUCCAUACAAUAUGGAAGACAUGGCAAUGCCAUUACUCGAUUAUAUCAGCAAUCCUAUAGCUCAUGAAAUUGUCCAUAAUGGAGCUACGUUUCAGAUUGCAGGAUUGACAAACAACUCUUGCUUACCUGAAGCACAUGAAGUGCGCCACUGUGUAGAGAAGUACAAGAAACUUGGUGAAUAUGUGCUUCAAGUUGCAAAGAAGAGGUUGGACAAUAUGUUAUAUGUUGGUCUAACUGAGGACCAUAGGAAAUCUGCAACCAUGUUUGCCAAUGUGAUUGGGGCACAGGUGAUCUCCCAGCUGGUAGAAUCAAAUGCUAUUGGUGAGGGAGCCGCUGUCAAUAAAUCAGAACAGAGCACUUCAUUUUCAGACUCAGAGCUGGAUAGUAAUGAUCAUCAGAAUAUCACCUCAGAUGAGAUGGGGAAUGAAGCUGCAACAUUAUCAGAUGACAAUGAAGUAAAGCAAGAGACUAUGUCUGUGGGAAAGCUUAUGGAAACUUAUGAGGUUUGCAUUUCUAGUUUACGAAAGACCCAAGCACGUCGACGUAUUGCUUCUUUGAAGAGAAUCUCACCGGCAAACUUCACAAAGGAGGCACGUCUUCAAGUUCCUCAGAUGGUCCUCCAGCAGAUCCAAAGGCUUAACAACCUUGAUUUGGAGCUCUAUGAGUAUGCCCAGGGCGUCUUUGCAAAGCAACACGAGCAAGCUGCGGAGAAGAUGUUUGAUCCGGACACACUGGGAAGCAUGUUCACUUACUCAGGUGGAACCAAGCUCUGGGAUGUCUUUUUGUGGACCAUGCCGUUUGUCUUGCUCUUUAUCUUCAUGUUGUUUGUAAAUGCAAAGCGAAGAACAUUGAAAGUGAAGAUAUGAAUGUUACUGACUGUUGGUUAUAUGGAUCACAGCCAAAAAAAUUUUUAUAUAUCAGAUUAAAGAAUAGGGAUUAGCUUAUUA